ACCUUAUAUAAAUAAGCUUAUUCCAUGGAGCUCCCUUGCCUCUCACCCCUAGAAGCUACCCCUCUUUCUUCCUCUUCACUUGCCACUUCCAUAAAGUUUUCAUUCUCUUUCUUUUCUUUUUGAUUUCACGUAAAAGCUUGUUUUCUAUUUUUUGCUGCAAUGGCGGCAUCUUCGACCAUUUCAUGUUCUGAUUUGGACCCUAACUCCACGCAGAGAAAGCAAAAUUCGCCAUUAGAACGAAGUCCCCGAUUGCUAAAAGAUUUCCUCCACGAUGAUUCCAACUCCUGUUCCUCAAAUGGGUUCAAAUCAUUUCCCAGAAAAUCUUCCCAGAAUUAUGGUGUUUCCCGAGAAAAUCUAAACCAUGGACAAAGUUUUCAAAGAAGCCGAUCAAAAGCUGCCUCCACAACAAUGUCAGCAUUCCAGGCAAUGAUCAACGCCAUUAAAAGCAUCCAUUUCUCUUCAUCGGUUAAACCUCCUUCGAUCUUACUGCCAAGAAGCCUUUCACGUAGAUUGUCGAGAAGGAACUCACAAUCACAGCUCAACGACGUCGAGGACAAAGUUACCGUGACAGUCAAAGGCAUCAUACGCUGGAAAUCAUUCCGUGAUUUAGUAAAGGAAAACCCUCGGCCUUCGGAUUUUGCUUCUUCUUCUUCUUCUUCCCCUCAUCAUUGCACCUCCGCCACCACCAGCACCACCUCCACAACGACGGAAUCCAACACUCCUUGUAGCAGCAGCAAUGGCUCAAGUUGGUGCGACAGCGAUUUGACCUCGGAAUAUUCACCGUCCGAUGAAUACGGUGAAAACGAAGUUGACAUGGUGGGUAAAAAAUUCUUACCGUGUGUCGGCAAGGAUCCCAUGAAGACGAAAACAACAACAAAGACAGAAGCCAACACAGAUAUGCGACCUAAAUAUGCAAGUGAAGAGACAGAACAGCAGCACAGUCCAGUGUCGGUGCUUGAUUUCGAAUAUAGUGAAGAAAAGGCAUGGCAGCUGGUGAAUCGUGUCAAAGAAACAAUUCCAUCAACGAGCAAUGAAAGCAAUAUUUGUGUUGAUAAACUGCUUCUGGAUCUGUUUAGAGAAGAAAAUGAAAAUGAAGAGCUGGAAUAUUGUAAAACGGUGAAGUUGGUAAAAGCAUGGAUCGAUGGAGAACAGAAGGAGACGACAAAAAGGGAGGGUUGUGCUAUGGAAAUGGAAAGGGAGGGAAGGUGGAGGAAUUGCAAGUUUCAGGGAGAAGAAGAAGAGUUGGCAAUUGGAGUUGAGAGAUGGGUGAUGAAUAUUUUGGUGGAUGAACUUUUAGUUGAUCUCAUAUGACAAGAACCAGGGAUCGAUCCUCUAUUCUUGUUUGUAUCGAGAG